UAGCAAAUCCAAAUAAUGAUAGAAGUUAAUUAAAUAUUUUGCUAUUUGCCGCAAGCCACAGGGUGAUUCAUUUACGUUGUUAGCCAAUCAGCUGUUACAAAUUAGACAGCAAGCAUGUCAUUUGCCAUGGAGCUGCUCCAAGAUGAGCUGGAAUAUGUGCGCACCCAUUGUGAACAACAAUUUGAAGGCAGCAAGUUAGUGGCCUGCACUUCCAGUCUGGUGAGAGUGGAGCUACUCUCACACAGAACAAAUCGCACUAUGAUUGUUUGCCUGCACAUACCCAAGGACUAUCCGCAAAGCGCCAAUAUACUGGUAGAACUAAAAAGUCGUGUAUAUGCAGAAAAAUUAAUUAGUUUCCUCACCGAUAUGCUGGACAAGUGUGCAAAGCAGCAUUGUGGAGAGCCGCAGGUUAUGCAGUUGCUUAGAACUGCUAAUCAGUAUCUUGUAGACACUCCGCUCUGCGUCUGCCUGGACGAGAUCACACAGUUGCGGUCUAUGCUGGCUUACAACGAUGAGAAUAAACUAAAACUGCGCCAGAGCAAGUGCAGCGUGCAAUUACUAAUUCAUGGCGGAGAGUACUUCUAUCGCGUUACAGCCACCGUGCCAGACAAUUAUCCACAGCACUGUGUAGAACUACAUGACCAUGAGUCCAAUUUACCGAAUGUACUGGUACGAUUUCUUAACGGUCAGUCGAAAGAGCUGGCACGCCAGUGUGUGGAGGCGCCAUUGCGCUUCACCAGAGAUGAACAGGCCAAGUUUAGGCCAGUGCCAAGUCUGUACACUGCGCUUAAGUUUUGCAUAGCUGCCACACAGGACUUCCACAUGGAAUUGUGCCCGAUUUGUGAUCAGGCUGUGCUACCUACGAAUCCAGAAGAAAUUCUGGCAGAUGAGAAUGCGGAUGCGUUUGUGGAGCGCGUAUUUUGCGGCCAUCUGUUCCAUCAAGGCUGUCUCAAGAAAUAUCUAUCCGAACCGCCAUUCCCUAAAGGUGGCAAGCUCUGCCCAGCUAAAAGACGUCAUCCGCGCUCCGAUGCUGCAAAGCCAGUCGGUGCUAGCGGAAAAGACAAAGGACUGCAGGCUGAACUAGGUGUAUGUGGUAUUAAAUUGGCCCACGACCGUUGGGUGGUCAACAUCAAAACCGCAGAGACACGUUGGGCACAAAAACAAGCGCGUCAACGUGAACUGGAAGAGGUUGUCGAUUUUCUAAAGUAACAGUUAUAUUUUUGUAU